AGUCGUUAGAGUGACAACAUUUGGACACUUGCGUUGCGCCUAUGUCGCUGGAUACUGCAUGCUUAUUCCCAACAUUCUAACUUUUGUAGUUCCUGAGAUCGAGGCGUUCGUUCAUACAGGCAGACGGAAGAAUAUAUUGUAUUAACUCAUUCAUACAUAGGUAUGUACGUGUGUACAUACGUAAGAGAACGGUAUUUGCUUUGGCUUGAACAGCUGAUUGGGACAUGGUGUGAGUUUGAUACGAUUCUUGGAACUGUUAGUCCAGCGCACCCGAAGAAAUCUUUCAGACUAAAAGAGAGAGUGAGACCGGACCAUACAUAGGCACAGGUGUUGGUGCACUAAACUCGUUCGGCUUGUUUAUAGCAGGAAAGAUCGUACAAUUGAACAUAAGUAUGUACAUAAGUGUGUGGGUAUGCACGGGGGUAUACCCGGACCCGGAGGGUCUAUCUUGGAAGGAAGAGCGGCAUAUUGAGAGUUCUCACAGCGUCAGAGAGAAGAUAACGCACAACACUGAGCGCAACUAGAGAGGUGGUGGAGCAGUGGUGUCGAAUAAAAUCAAAUGCGAGCGGCGGGCGGCAUUCGGUGAAUAAGCCUCCUUAUCUCGUGAACUCUUUCUCUGAAUUCUUUUUGGCUCUUUUAGUAUUGCGGGAACAGUCACCCGAAACACAAGAGCGCCGCACAAAGCUCACAGUGAAAAGGCCAGUUUAAGAUAAAAGCCAGCUCAACUCACGCAAACCGGACUGAUAAUGGGUUGGUGGAAAAAGAAAAGCGAGACGGAUCGCAGCCAGUCCAGCCAGGCACUGGAGGUGCAGGACCCGCGCACACGCGUCAAGACCACGAGUGCAGCUACGGAGACGACCAACACGGCCGUGCAAAACUCGACCAUAACGAACAGCAACAAGCAGACGGUUACCUUUCUCACCACCCGCCAGACGGUGACGCACACGCAGCGGGCGCAGAUCACGGAAACCACAACGCGACGCACCCCCAGUCAGGCGGAGUUAGAGGCUCUCUUCGCCCAGAUGCGAAUGGGCGGCGAGGGACCCAUUGGCUCCACCACCACGACUACCACCUCCUCACGCUCCCGACCGCCCAGCUUAAACGGAGUCUCCUUGCGCUCCACACAGCCCUUCAAGGCCACGGCAAGCAAUGCCAGCAAACGAUCAAGCACCUUGAUCAAGACCGAGCAGACGACAGUGACCAAAAAGAAAGGGAACACGGUCACCCAGCAUCUGGAGACUCAUCGAGUGGACCUGAAGGAAAGUCGCCCGAAGACCAACUGGGCGCCAUUUGCGUCCACUGCAAACAGCGCGGCCUCCACCUACGUCUCACCUUAUGCUCCGAAACCGAGCCUGGCCAUAACAUACACAUCUCCAUACGCCAAGACCCCAAAAACCACUAGCUCCACCUCCAGUCCCAGUUCCAGCUCCGUUUCGAGUGUGUUCAGUACUGCCAAACCAUCAUCAUCUAUCUCCUCUAUUUCGAGCAUUUUCAAGCCCGCCCCCAAGCAAGUUGAAAAACCGCUCACCUCUACUGCAACUCCCAAGUCCUUCAUUAGUCUGGGAUCAUCAGGGGGCAAUAAGCCAAAGGUUACUGCCGCCGCACUACCCGUAGAUGCCCAGGUCACGGCCCCUUCAACGAGCUUCGGUACCUCGAAGUCAAGUCAAGUCAAGACCAAGCGCAAGCUGAAGCCCGCCGUGGUGUAUAUUUUCAACCACGAGCGGUUCGAUGACAAGAACAAAUUUCGAAAGGGCAGUGCCCAGGAUGUGAAGGUCUUGCGUGCCACCUUUGAGCAGCUGAAGUGCAAAGUGGAGGUUAUUACAGACGCAACCCUGGCUACUAUCAAAAGGACAGUGCGAAUGUUGGAAACCAAGGACUUUGAGGACAAGAGCGCAAUCGUCCUCGUGAUGCUCAGUCACGGAACGCGCCACGACCAACUUGAGGCAAAGGAUGGCGGCUACUCCUUGGAAUAUGAUGUGGUUUUUCCCAUUCUGCGCAAUCGGACGCUUAAGGACAAGCCCAAGCUACUUUUUGUUCAGGCUUGCAAGGGCGCCAACGAACCGGGGGGCUUUAUGACCGAUGCCGCCCAGCCCAAUGGGUCUCCAAAUGAGAUCCUCAAGUGCUACAGCACGUACGAGGGAUAUGUAUCUUACCGCACGGAGGACGGAACUCCUUUUAUUCAGACGCUGUGUGAGGCUCUCAAUCGAUCGGGGAAGACUUCGGACAUCGACACCAUAAUGACGGAUGUGCGUCGAGUGGUUAAAAUGCAAACCAAUGACGGCCAAAUUCCAUCUGUUACUAGCACCCUUACCUCUAAGUACGUUUUUGGAGACUACAUCUGAUCAAAGAUUUACACGGAAGACACGAAAUAAAAUGUUAAGAAUUAAUAUAAAUGGCACAUAUGUAUACAAGAAAUAGAAUUUUAUUAUUCCAAACGAGUCCAUUAUAUGUAGGGAUUAAAAUUUAAAAUAUAUUUU